AUGGUACAAGUUCUAAAUGCGGUUCAACGCUUUACACGGGUCGACGGAGGUAUAAAAUUCAUUUGUUCUCAAGUCCUUUUCCGCCAGGACGGCAUCACCUACUGUGCCAGGUCGCCUAGCAGACAUGUGGGACAGGAAGUUGAUGUUGGCAAACUGGACAGCAUCAUGCCUAUUCCUCCCGAGGCUUACUGCCCUCUUCUUCCCCCUGGUUGUGUUAUUGCACCGGACCCCAGUCAUUGUCAUAUCAAAACGCCGAACUUGACGUCGUUCGGCGGUGUAGCAGACCUAGCCGGCCUCGUCCUCCAAGAGCUAGCAACCUGCGAAAUCCUUCGAAAGCACCCGCAUCCAAACAUUGCGACAUACUACGGCUGCCUAGCCUCUGGUGGUCGAGUUAUCGCUCUCUGCUUCAAGGGGUACCCAGAGAGUCUGAUGGACAAGAUUAAUCCCGGCCAUCUCAACAAGUCUGCGUUCAUUCUCUCAGAAGACCGGGGCGCUGAACGGAAGAAGGCGGCGCGUUAUCUCCCUGGCAUUGAAGAAGGGAUUCGGCACCUGCACGCCCACGGCCGCAUUCACAACGACCCGAAUCCCGCGAAUGUAAUGAUUAGCGAAGACGACGCGCCAGUUAUUAUUGAUUUCGAUUCUAGCAGCGCCCCUGGUACAGGGCUCGACAAAGUGAAACGUACAUACGGAUACAAUGACUUCGAUGCUCUGGCGGAAUUGCGUGUAUGGCUGACUGGGUCCUCUCCAACAGAGUUUCAAUUCAAAGAGUGGACGAGUUAA